GCGCUCCCCUGAUCUCUCCUCUGUCCUCUCUCUCUCUCUCUCUCUCUCUCUCUCUCUCUCUCUCUCACAAGCAAGCUAGCUGGUUUUCAAAGAAACCAUGAGGCCAGGAGCAGAGUUCCCCACCAUGAGCCACGGCGCGCCGACGGCGGCGCCGGGGGCGAACGCGACGGCGCCGCACUCCCCGUGGCAGUCCCCGGUGCCGUACCUCUUCGGCGGGCUGGCGGCGAUGCUGGGGCUCAUCGCCUUCGCGCUGCUCAUCCUGGCCUGCUCCUACUGGAAGCUGUCCGGGUACCUCGACGCCGACCGCGACCGGCGGGCCGGGGAGGCUGCCGCCGACGGGGAGAAGGGCUCGGCGGCCGGGGCGUCCAGGCCGGCGGCGGGGUUCCUGGAACACGUGGUGGUCAUCAUGGCCGGCGAGGAGAGGCCGACCUUCCUCGCCACGCCGGCGGCCAGCCGAGCCGUCGUGGAGCUAGGAGCCGUGCCAACGGCGCCGUGCUUGGGCGGUGGCUCCGGCUCGGGGGAGGAGAAGAAGGCGCAGCCGCAGGACGACGGCGGCUGCGCAGAGCAGACCAGCUCGCAGCCGCGGGUCGGAGCCGACGACGACGCCGGCGCCGUGAGCCGGAGCCGUGAAAGCAGCAGCAGUGCGACAGCGCUGCACGAAAAUUUGCAAUAAAAAGCAGGCGAUCGAGUGAUUUCUCCUUUUCUUUUCCUUCUCCAUUUUCCUCUUGCUGGUGUGUUAGAUUUAGGCAUACGUGUAGAUUCUUGACUCUUGACGUGAUUGGUUGGGCCUGGGGUGAGAAAUUAAUGGAAAACGAGACGUCAAUGCGAGUUUUUGCAAA